CUGAGGACGAACCGCCGCCGCCAUGCGCGGUCCCGCCGUGCUGCUGGCGCUGGGCGCUGCCUUGGGCCUGGCCCGACGCCUCCUGCAGCGGCUCCGCCGGGCCCUGCCCGCUGAAGGGAAAGCAGUGCUCAUAACAGGCUGUGACAAAGGUUUUGGACAUGCCUUGGCAAAACAACUUCAUGCAAAGGGAUUUACUGUUUUUGCUGGAUGCUUGCUAGCGGAUAAGAAUGGAGACGGAGCCAGAGAGCUGAAGGACAUGAAGUCAGAUCGCAUGAAAGUGCUACAGAUGAAUGUGUGCAGCGACCAGGAGGUGGCUCAGGCUGUGGAUUAUGUGAAGAUGACCCUGAAAGACCCAGAAGAAGGUCUGUGGGGCCUGGUGAACAAUGCUGGCGUCUCAACUUUCGGAGAGGUGGAAUUUACAAGUUUAGACAACUACAAGGAGGUGACAGAUAUCAACCUGUGGGGCACCGUGAGGGUGACAAAGGCUUUUCUGCCCCUCAUUCGCAGAGCUAAAGGCCGUGUAGUGAAUAUCACAAGCAUGUUAGGACGGAUGGUGAGUCCAUCUCGCUCCUGCUACUGCAUUUCCAAGUAUGGGGUGGCAGCCUUCUCCGACUGCCUCCGACAGGAGAUGUAUCGCUGGGGGGUCAAAGUCAUCCUCAUUGAGCCCAGUAAUUUUGUGGCAGCGACCGGUAUCCUGACAGAGGACAGCAUCGACAAGCAGGCUGAGGUGCUGUGGAGUGGAGCCAGCAGCACCGUGCAGGAGGACUAUGGGAGGGAGUAUUUCACUCGGCACGUAGCCCUGAUGAAGUCCUUUGUUAACAGUGGCCUGAAGGACAUGUCUCUUGUCGUGAAUGACAUCACCAACGCGCUCAUCUCCGCACACCCGAACAACCGCUACAAUCCCAUGGAGACCUACUGGUGGAUGAGACUGCAAGUCAUGACUCAUCUGCCCACUGCCAUUGCUGACUGGCUUUACAUUCCUGGAGCCACACUGUGAAAGGCCAUCCUUCAAGCAUCCUUCCAGUGCUUGUUUGUACACACAGUUUAGAGCUGACUUAGUUCUAAUCACUGGUGCAUCUCCUCUUUAUAGAUUUUAUGUGCCUUCAGUUUGGUUGGGUUAUGGCUUCACAUUUUGUGUUGAGGGAUACUGAGAAAAGUUAUGUCUUUUUCCUAACUUGGUCUUUCCUCUGCUGCCCUGAUUAAAGUUGAAAGGUGUUUUGCUUUUAACUGUGGAGAAGGCAGAGGAAGGUUAACAUAACAGGUCAAAUAUGUGGCUAGUGUAACUAGGUCAGCUGAGUUCCCCUAGUGAUAAAUUGGACUAAUUGCUGGGCUCCUGGUUUUCCUUACAAGGAUAGGCUGGUAAUAGCAGAGUGAAGCUGUUGCUAUGAGAUGUCUCAAAGGGAAAAAGCUAAAAUGGGAAACAAAAGCAGUUUUCCAUUUGAUUAAAAAUGGGUCAGUCACAGCCUUGUUUUGUUUUCACAGUACUGGUUGGAAGCUCAGCUGCUCCAUAACUGUUUGCUCUUUCUAUGAAAACAGCCGCACUGCCUCUAAACAGCCUCAUUACCUAAGUGCAAAGAAGGGCUCUUCCCUCCCAGCACUGUGAACAGGAGCUGCUGGAGCCAGAAGACAGGAGACAGACUGAGCAGGGAAAAGCCCUGUAAUAACUCCUGCUGUGUGAGCUGCCCCUCAGCCGGUGGUCCUUCCACCCACUGCCGAUGAGCUUUAUGAGACAGGAUUGAAUCUGAUGUAGCAAAGAAAUUUGGCUUCUUUAACUGCAGUAUCAGGUACCAGUUUUAAAAAGGCACCGUGUGGUCAGUUUGGCCUGACUAUGAGCUCUGGAAGGAUGUUUCAAGUGAUGCAUUUCUUUUGAAUCAAUACUGCACAAUGAAAUUUCCACGUCACACAUGAUUGUCUCCUCAGAACUUAAUGACAACUGAUAUGAGCUACUUCUGCAAAAUCCCCCUGAGGGGUGUCUCCUGUUGGCCACAUCCAGAGCAUUCAGUCAUUUUUCCAAGUGCUGAGGCUGCCAAACCUCACACCUUCUGUCCUCUUUCCAAGUGGUGACCACCAGCAAAGCAGCUAGUGGGGAUCUGCCCUCUCAUUCUAGGGUGUUAGCCUCUCAUUCUGCUAAAUUUUGUUCUGUGUUGUCUUAUGUGAGGUUAAAUGAACGUAAGAGCUUGUAAUUUGCUCUCACCUCAUCUAUCUCAGGUAGCUGUGACUUUGAAGCUGUGCCAUAAACUUUUAUAUGCUGCUGUUUGUAACUGCUUGGAGACUGGAUGCAGCUGUGAAAGCUGUGAUGGCUAAGGAGGGAGCUGGCUUCCUUUGGGUGUGCUGUGGAGGUAGCUUGUAUUACAGAUAAUUUCUGAAAAUGCUGUCCAUGCAGUUCUUUUUCUAUUUCAGACCAUAAUCACGUGGAGACUGUCUGGGAUCCAGCACCCGGAAUGAUCCCACAGUCCUACUGAACUGCAGCUUGUUCAGGCAGUGUUGAAAUCACUUCUGCCCCUUGCACUGUGAAAUGUGAGUAAUGUUAAGUAGCACUAAUUUGCACAGAGGAAAAUAAACUGUGAGAUUUGUAAAGCACA